AUGGAUGAACACAGGAGUGUAGAAGAUACACCAGCUUCGCAAAGAUUAACUAAUGAAGACUUCAGGAAGCUCCUUAUGACUCCAAGGGCUACGCCGUCAGCAGGAGCUCACCCUGUGGGCUCAGUUCGAGAAGCCAUGGCGAACUCUGGGUCAAUGCAGCCACCAGCUGAAAAUAAGAGUGAAUUGCGACGUAAAAAGAAAUCUUACUAUGCUGCACUUAAGAAACAAGAAGACAAUAAACUUGCUGAGCUAGCUGAAAAGUACCGAGAUAGAGCCCGUGAAAGGCGGGACGGCCUUAAUGAUAUUGGACCAACAGAUCCAACCAGCAAUACAAGUAGUGCAUAUAGAGCUGUGGCACCAGAUUUGAAGUCAGGAAUGGAUGCCAAAGAAAGAAGGAGACAAAUGAUUCAGGAAUCCAAAUAUCUUGGAGGUGACAUGGAACACACUCACUUAGUGAAAGGUCUCGAUUAUGCUUUACUGCAAAAGGUGCGUUCUGAAAUUGUGAAUCGUGAGCAAGAACAAGAGGCUGAAAUGGAAAGGUUGGUUACGGCACCAGUGAUUGAGGCAGUUAAGGAGAAAAAGGAGAUACCUGUAGAGGAAGAAAUCCAAUUUAAAACACCGAUGGGCAAAAAUAUACACAACAUGAUAAUGGAGCAAAAGAACAAGAGGGUGACGCGCAACGAGCUGUUCGCGCCCGGCCGGAUGGCGUACGUGGUCGAGCUCGAGGACGAGGGCGCGAUGGACAGCGACAUACCGACCACGCUCACGCGCAGCAAGGCCGACGUGCCCGAGCUCGACGAGAGGAGCUCGGCGGCGGCCGCCAACGACGUGGUGCUCGACAAGCUCGCGCAGAUAUUCUCCUAUCUGCGCCACGGCCGGCACAGGAAGCUGAGGAAGGCCAAGGACAAGGCGACGGAGAAGGGGCGCAACGACGACUCGAUAUACGGCGAGAUCGGCGAGUACGUUGCCGGCGAGAGGCGGCCGGAGCGCCGCGACGAGAGGCCGCGCACCGGCUACUUCGACAAGCCCGCGGAGGCGGACAAGGAGGAAGGUCCGAACGUGCCGCGGGCGAAGGCGCCAGGCGGGCCGGAGCGGGAGUCCCGCUCGGCGGCGCUGCUCUCGCGGCUGGCGGCGGAGCCCGAGGGCUACGCCGAGUGCUACCCGGGGCUCCGCGAGAUGGACGACGCCAUCGACGACUCCGACGACGAGGUGGACUACACGAAGAUGGACGCCGGCAACAAGAAGGGCCCCAUCGGUCGAUGGGAUUUCGACACACAGGAAGAAUAUUCCGCUUACAUGAGCAGCAAAGAAGCGCUGCCCAAAGCCGCCUUCCAAUAUGGCGUCAAGACGCAAGAUGGCCGCAAGACGAGGAAGACAAAGGACAAAAGCGAGAAAGCCGAGCUCGAUAGAGAGUGGCAACAGAUCCAGAACAUAAUACAGAAGAGAAAAGCGCCGCUGUCGGCAGACGAACCCAAUGUCAAGACACCGAAGUAC